AUGAAUAAGUUAGUAUUUUUAUGUUUACUAUCGUUCGGACCAUUAAUGAGUUAUUCGGCCGAGCCUUCUCGUCUGUCUGUUUUCUGGAUUGUUUUAGUUUUGUCCACUAAGCCUCCUCACAAAAAUGAAUCUUUGAUGAACAAAACAGUAUGGGAGUCUAAGAUUUCUGAAGCACUUAAAAGUACCAAAAUAUCGUAUUCGGAAUACUUCAGUCUGGUUGAAGCUGAGAACAGGUCUGUCGUGGUUGAUUACAUAGAGAGAGACGAAUCUCGAUCAUAUUUGAAGAUAUUUUUCUACGUACAGCAGAAUAACCUCUUCCAACCUUCUCCUUCUAUUGUUUACCAGCUCAAUCAAAUGCCGGUGGACUGGUUUGCAGUUUACUUGGGAAUGCCAGUCAUAGAAAGACCUAAAGUUUACGAUAUAGGCGCUUAUGAAAAGGAAGAUGAUUUUAUAUGGAUCAUUGGAAUAAUUGCUAUUUGUUUUCUUGGAAUAUUGCUGAUUUGUUGGUGCUUUAUAUUUCUAUACACAUUUGUUCUACAAGCCACUGCUAUGGUUAAAUGGUUACCGAGACCAAUGAUUAGCAAUUCUAAACAAAUAUUUUACAAAGCAGAGAAAUCACAGAGAGAAUUUGAAGAAAGGAAAGAUUCACAAAUACAAACCGAUGAUUUAGAAUGUUCGCAGUCAAAAAUAAGCAAAACUGAAAACUCAAUAUGUGAUAGAACAGUGUUGGAUUCCAAUUUCUCGGCUCGACUUUCAACGGUUUCAGAAAUAAGUUUAGAAGAAUCAGUUAACCCCACUGUAAGUGAAUUAAAUGAAUCUGUUGUACCGUUGUCUGAAACACAAGUUCUAUUAUCGGAUGAAGAAGAUGGUAUUAUAAAUCAACAGUUGAAUGUAAUCAAAGUUAAUACGAAGGAUUCAAAGAAUGAAGUGAUUGAAGAAAAUGAAGGUGAUUUGCUACAGGCAUCCGAAAUGGAUAAAACGCUUACUUUUGGAUCGUUCGAUAAUGUAAUACCUUUUGUGAUGUCUGUUCCACCACGUCCAGAAGCGAUAAAAUUAGCAAAUUUAUUAAACUCUCAAAAAAUAACAAAAACAUAAUUUUGAUCAAUGUUAUCUUUAUAUUAUUCAACCAGUCAUUGAAAUGGAUACAACUGUUGUCAUGAUACCAAUAUAUAAAGUCUUAUUUAUGGUUUAAAAGAAAACAAACAUAUUCAUGUUAUUUCACAAUUUUUGCUAUAGAAAAACAAAUUGUGUUUUUAUUAAUAAAACAUUAAAUGUUUAUUGUAUUUUACACCUUAAGAUAAAUCAGAUUUGAUUCAUAGUUGAAGAAGUGAGUUUUUAUUUCUAUUCUCUCAAGAAAGAGAGAGUGAUUGAUUGAUUGAUUGAUUGAUUGAGUGAGUGAGUGAGUGAGUGAGUGAGUGAGUGAGUGAGUGAGUGAGUGAGUGAGUGAGUGAGUGAGUGAG